CAAAGAUGCUCCUCAUGGGAAGGCCGAGACGUUCAUGUCCUUUUGUUAACUCCGCAAUGACAUUAUUGUGUCUCUUGACUUAGUGCUUCCAUAAAAAGCUUUGUGGGAACAAUUUUUCGCAACACAAAACGUAGCAAACAAGAAAGAAACUACGCUGGCUGGCCAGGUAGAGCAACAAUGAGCGCCGCAGCCGUCACGACGGAUCCUCACCGCUCCCAUCAUCCGGGUAGCUCAUCAUCGGAUGUGUCACUGCCGAUAGUGAUGCCUAUUGCGCAUCUGGAGGAUUUCCUUUUUGGGCUGACUCCAGAGGACGUGAUGCUCCCUGUGCCGACCCUGUUUCCUUAUCAAGCCAUUGGCGGUUCCAUGGACCCUGGAAACCUGAGUUCCUAUGCGAGCACACGACGAAAUUCCGCCACAACUCUGGCCACGCCGGAAGCAGCUGGCAGCAUUUGCAGUAGCAGCACUACUGAUUCCUAUGGUGUAAAUGUGGUCAAUCAAACUCUUCUAGACGCUCGAAACGUCAGAGGGUCCUUUACAGGGACCAUUGAUCGGACCACUGGACUGCCUCAUGGGGUGGGUCGGAUGGAGUACGACGACAAGCGAGUAUACAAUGGAGAGUGGUUUCGGGGACGCUGGAACGGCAAUGGUCAAGCAAAGUUUGCCAACGGCGAUGUCUACAAAGGUGCAUUUAGGCUGGACCGAAGACACGGAUACGGCAAAUACAAGUUCCACGACGGCAAAGUCUUUGAAGGAGAGUGUCACGAAGAUCGGCGACACGGCAAGGGACUGUUUCUUUGGCCCGAUGGUUCCAAGUAUCAAGGCGACUUUUUCCGGGGCGUGCGUCAUGGUCAUGGCACCUAUACAACACCGGACGGCAGCCAGUAUACGGGACAGUGGAAAGGAGGGCGUUUCCACGGCGUUGGCACUUACCAAUGGGCCGACGGAAAACGAUACAGUGGCGGGUGGCGUGAUGGAUUGGCUCAUGGCAUUGGCAAAGAAACCCUUGCCGACGGCACCGUGUCACAUGAUGGACGGUGGGAUAAAGGCUCGGCCGUUUUCUCUUGCUGACCGAGUCUUCCUUUGCGAGCUACCUUCGAUUCUGUGGUGGCCACCAGCCCAUCAUCAGCCAAUGCGAACUCAUACGAUGCAACGCCCGCUGCCCCCAUCGUGGUGAUUGCAGUUGUGGACAGAAACACAGCAUCGACACAUUCCCCCAUUGCUAGCUAAAUACUAGAAUGACUAGAUUGUGCAUUGGGGUUUUGUACUUGUUUUCGUGCGUU